AUGGAUUCACACUAUGUUUUGGGGCCUCAGUUUCAAGAUGCAGGAGUAUAUCUUGAGAGUUGUCCUCUCCUCCCUGAAGUCCAAGAGACAGGGGACGGACGGCUAAACAUCCGGUAUAUCAGACCAGAAUCGCCCACGACAUUCUCUACGCAGCCAACAGAGCUGCCGCGUGAAGGAUUGCCUUCCCAGCGUCAAAUAGCCCCCGACAGCGACCAUUUCGGGAUUCGACUAGACAUCGCACUACAGGUGGUCGGAUCUCAAGGUGAUGUUCAGCCCUUUAUCGCCCUGGGUCUCGAACUACGGAGAUAUGGCCACCGCGUUCGACUGUGCACGCAUGCCACGUUCCGCGAGCUGGUGAUAAGCCAUGGCCUCGAAUUCUUCUGCAUCGGGGGCGAUCCCGCCGAGCUGAUGGCCUACAUGGUCCGCAAUCCUGGCCUCAUCCCCAGCCUUCGGACCGUUCGAAGCGGGUCAGUCGGCAAGCACCGGCGCAUCAUAAGCAGCAUUCUCGACGGAUGCUGGCGAUCUUGUUUUGAACAGGGGACAGGGCUGCAGAUGGAUCAACGCAGCUCUGCGUCUCCUGAUUCUACUGAAAAGACUUCAAGUGGGCCAUUCGCUGCCGAUAUGAUCAUUGCAAACCCACCCAGCUUGGCCCAUAUCCAUUGUGCCGAGAAACUGGGGAUACCUCUCAUCAUAGCAUUCACAAUGCCCUGGUCGCCGACCCGUGCAUUUGCCCACCCGUUGGCCAAUGUGCAGUCUCGUACCGACAAGCCGUCUUUGGCACAUCUCCUGUCGUACACAGUGGUGGAGUUCAUUAUCUGGCAGGGUCUGGGGGACCUGAUCAACACUUUCCGCCAGAAGACACUGGGACUGGAUCGAUUAGACAUUACACGGGCCGUCAACCUGGUGCAUGAGCUCCAAAUUCCGCAUGUCUAUCUCUGGUCGCCAGCAUUACUGCCGAAACCGGACGACUGGCCCGAUUAUAUUAAUAUUUGUGGAUUUACCCAUCUGCAGGCCUCUACAAAAUUCGUACCCUCGGUCGAGCUUAAAACCUUUCUCGAUCAAGGGCCACCUCCGAUAUAUAUUGGGUUUGGUUCUAUCGUCGUGGAUGAUUCGGCUGUUUUGAGCCAAAUCGUAUUUAAAGCAAUUGAACUCACGGGCCAACGGGCAAUUAUCGGCAGAGGCUGGGCCCAUCUGGGGGAAGACAACUAUGUGCCAUCAGAGGAUAUUUUCCUGGUCGAUCAGGUCCCCCAUGAAUGGUUAUUCCGGCAUGUCAGUUGCGUCGUCCACCAUGGUGGAGCUGGAACCACGGCCACUGGCCUUUUGCGGGGGCUCCCUACCGUAAUCGUGCCCUUUUUUGGAGACCAGCCCUUCUGGGGCGCAGUGGUGGCGAGCAGCGGAGCGGGUCCGGCUCCAGUGCCCUACAGGAGCUUGACUGCAGAAAAACUGGCUGCUGCGAUCCGUGAGGCACUUGAACCGAGCGUGAAAGCGCGGGCCGUUGCCAUAAGCGCGGAGAUGCGGAAAGAAACAGCAGCAGAAUCGGCGACUCGAUGCGUGCACCGCUAUUUAUCCCAGAAACACCUGGCCUGCUCGUUGUAUCCUGCACUCCCAGCUGUCUGGCGGAUCAAACGAUCCUCAGUCAUCCUCAGUGGAUUAGCCGCCGCCGUCCUAUGCGAGGCCAAGCUGAUCAAGCGAGUAGACGUAGAAAUGUACCGCUCCGAGGUUUACGACAGCAUUCGCAACCCACACGAACCCGUCCGAGCCGGAACACAGGUGCUCAUGGGCUCCGUGGGCCGUAUAUUCCAUGGUCUGUGUAUUGUUGCCCCUAAACCAGUGGAGGCCAUGCGCGUGCGCUUUGGAAGUGGGAAUCGUGCCCCAGUUCGACCCCCACAAGGUCAAAGGCAGUGCGAUUCCUCAGCACUCUGUUCUAUAGACCGUGAAUGCAUGGUGGAAUACUCACCAAAACCACAAUCCAAGAUGGAUAGGCUGCUGGAUCCUUUGCAUCAGUUGAUAAAGACCAACACAAUUCUUGCGCAACGAGCAUCUCUUCGGACCUUGGACCUUCUGCUUUUACUACCAAUGGACCUAACCCUAAGCUUGUCAAGAGGAUUUCAUAACGCCCACAUACUCUUAUACCAUGACGGAACCGUCCCGCCUGUCCCAAGGGUGAUCAACUUCCGCACCGGGUGCAAGGCUGCUAAGAAGGAACUCAAGUACGGCUUGGUAGACGGCAUUACUGACAUCUAUUCUCAGCCAUGCUCUGGCUGGAACAAAGACGGCCCAAAGGAGGCCCUCAAGGGCGCGGGCAAGGGAGCGUUAGGCCUUUCCUUGAGACUACCUGCAGGAUUGUUCGGGGCAGUUGGGUACCCGCUGAACGGACUGCAUCGCACUAUCCAAGAGACGCUUUUCUUCGGACAAAAUGGUUGCAUCAUGGCGGCGCGAAUUGCACAGGGCAUUGAGCAGAUGCGUGCGCUUCCCGCCGCCCAACGGGCUGAAAUUCUCGCAAGAUGGCAGGAACUCCAGAAUAAAGUACCCUAG